GAUUGAAUUGCAUUGAUGACAUUUUCCUCCCUGUCUUUCCAACAGUUCCUCUGCAUUAAAAAUAUUCGCACAUUCCUGCAAGCCUGUUCUAGAGUCUUUGGCCUCAGAAGUGAGGAUCUCUUCGAACCCAAUGGACUGUUUGACGUCACUGACUUUGGCCAGGUUAUCUACACACUUUCCAAAUUGUCCCAAUCACCAUUAGCUGCAGCACAAGGUGUUCAAGCCUUUGCGGUUAAUUUUGAGGAUCAGCAGACAUAUGAUGAAGAUAUCUACAAAAAUCUGGAAGAUCUUGCAGAUGAGCAUGAUCUGGCCAAUGAGGGCGACAUUUAUGACACCGUUGAAGGAGAAGAGGACAGCAUUUAUGAUGACCUUGUGUCGCUCCGCAAGCAGAAGUCACAGUUCCAACCGCCACAAUUUCCCUUACAAUCAAACCUAGCCGAACCAGAACAGCCCAAGAAAGACAAGAGACAAUACUGCAUAGAGGAAAUUGUCGAAACAGAGAAGAAAUAUGUAGAUGCUCUCUACAUGUUAAUCAAUGGAUUUAAGAACCAGCUGGUCCACACGAUUCCUCCCAAGGUCCUGGAUAGCAUCUUCCUGAAUCUGGAGGAGCUUCACCGGGGCCACUGUGAGUUCAACGCAGACCUCAGUUCCACCCAGAACUCCAGGCCUCACCGGACUCGCACCAAUAUGACCAUCAGUGAAGUCUUCCUUAAGCACCACAAGAUUUUCUUGCAGUAUGGCUACUACUGCUCGAAUCUCAUGUCUGCCCAGGAGGCAGUGGAUGAAGUCUUGAAGGACUCCACAGCCCGGCAGACAAUCGAGACAUGUGAGUAUCAUGCCAACAACAGUAAGUUUAAACUGCGAGAUCUCCUCAGUGUUCCAAUGCAGAGAUGUAUGAAGUACCAUCUACUGCUUAGGGAACUCAUCAAAUACACAGACAAGACACAUGCAGAGAAAAAGGAGCUGGAAAAAGCCCUGGAAAUCAUGCAGGAUAUAUGUCUGUAUGUGAAUGAAGUCAAGAGGGAUAAUGAAAUCAUGCAAACCAUUAGAGACAUCAGGAAAAGUAUGGUCAAUUACCAGGGGGGCAAUCUAAACCAGUACGGACGCUUGCAGAAUGACGGAGAACUCAAAGUCAAAAUGCCUGCAAAUACCAAAAAAGGUGUCAUGACCUCUACCCAGAAGUACUGUUUCCUGUUUGACAAGGUCAUCAUAGUGUGUAACAAGGGUGGAAAGCUCGGUAUGGAAAAGUUCUGGGGCCAGGAAAGUCAUGAAUACAGUCAGACGAUUGAGCUGAAGAAGUAUAAAGUCGAAAACAACCUACCAAAAGGGAAGAGUGGCAAGUGGAAUUGGUGUUUUUGUCUGACACCAUACAAGAACAACAAUAAUGAGCAAAGGGAGCCAAAUUUCGAGCUCUACUGCAAGACUCAAGACCAGAUGGAUAAAUGGGUGGACAGCAUUACAUUAGCAAAGGAUAACAUCGUACCUAUGCCAAACAGCGAGCACAAGUAUGAGUACGUCAGUUUUAAGGAUCCCACUUACUGCCAAGAAUGCCAAAAGCUCCUGAGAGGUCAGUUCUUCCAAGGCUACAAGUGUCAGGUGUGCAAUAUCAACGUGCACAAAGAGUGUCUGAACAAGGAGACUGUCCAGCAUUGUCAACAGCGUCAGGGUUCCCAAGUGGUGAAGGCCAUCAAGAAAUACCAAGGUAUUCCCCGCCCGCCCCCAGGAGCCAACCCCCUUGUCUUUGAGUGGAACGAACUGAUCGAGAUCCUCAACAAAGAGGACCCCAAAUGGUGGAAGGGACGAUCCACCCAGACUUAUGAGCAAGGAUUCUUCCCGGCUGAACAUGUGGUGCCGCAGAGACAAAGCCAGGCUGCUGGUCACUUGCAGCGUCCAAACUAUGAGGUGACAGUUCCUACCGGUAUUUCUAGCCAUCGCAGCCCUCAUCAUGACAAGCGAAGCUCCAGCCCAAAUCCAGGGACCAUAUUGGAUUCUCAGUGGUAUGUGGGUAAAAUGGACCGCGUCACAGCCAUUGAUCAGCUCAAAGAAAAGCCAGACAGUUGCUACCUAGUCAGAGACAGCGUCAAGGAAUCAGAGCACCAGACUCAUGCCAUCAGUAUCAAACAUGAACAACAGGUGAAACAUAUUAAAGUUCUCUACUACCUUGGCAAAUUUGGUUUGGUGGACAAGGACUCCUGUGAUUUCAACACCUUGCCAGACCUGAUCAUGCACUACAGCAAGAACAGCCUGAGGGAUGUCUUCAAUGGGCUUCACUCCACCUUGAAAAUACCAUUGCGGGAAUCCUCUACUGUCCAAGCCGCAAGUCAAGUCCCAGUACCAGUCCAGGGCAAAGCAGUGGCCAAGCCCGAACAUAAUGGUCCGUCUGGCCGAGAGAAUCCUAAGCCUAAGCGCUACACCGUCAUUGGCACAGCUAGGGCCCUGUUCCCUUUCACAGCUCGUGAGUCUGGCGAGUUGCCCCUACAGAAGGGAGACAGAGUGGAUAUCAUCAGCAAGGCUGGCCAGAACAGGGGCUGGUGGAAGGGUGCAGUCGGAGGAAGGAUUGGAUACUUCCCUUACACAUACGUCGAAGAGGAUGAAAAUGCUGCACUACCUUGACAGCCUGUGCUCUUCUGCAAAGUUAAAAGAACCAUCUCAGUAAUUACAACAGAAAUACCAGGUCCUUAGCUUUAAGAAAUAGAUUGUACAAAGAGCAGUGGAACCAUCUCAUCUGUGUGUCAGAGUUUUCUGGACUUUAUGGCAGAGCUUCUUGUUUUAUGUUGGACAGACUUCCUAUUGGUAUGGUAGAGCCAUUUCUGUGGUAUGGCAGGACCUUUCCAUGACUGUUGCCAAAUUGUCUUUUCCGUGUAGUAAAUAGGUUUUAAACACAUAAAAUUGUGCAAGCAUAAUUUCUGUCUUCUGUCUACUAAUCAAAGACAUUGUUUGAUUUAAUUGUGUUUAUUUUCAACUCUUCCUUUAAGGCAGACACGUUUGCAAAUUUCUGAAACACUCUGUCCCUUGAAUUACACCAGAAGAAAGGCCUCUGUUAUGUUUGCCACAUCCAGCAGAAAAAAGGUCAAAUUGUUAAUAUGGCCUUCAGUUUAAGACCCCACCCCCACCCCCACCCCCCCCCCAAAAAAAAUAGGUAUGUGAAAUUCUGUUGAUACUCAAAUUGAGAUAAGCCCAGCUUUUUGUUCAGGUGAAAGGAUGGGGCAAAGAGUCAGAAGAUGACUUUCAGAACCCCACUUUCCUUCAGUCAGGACAAUUCUUAUAGUGGGUGAACAAUUGUGCAUUUGAAAAGUUGAACCAUUUCCUGUUACAGAGAGAGGAAUUCAUGUUUUUUUUAGUUAGCAUUUUUUUGUAAUCAUUGCAGAUAUAUGUUUGGACCAACCGCAAGGGGGCUCUACAUAUUGAAGUUGAAGGUUGUUAAACAUGUAGCUGAAAUGAAUUUUUUUUUUCUUUGCAAAUGAACAUCUGAAAAAAAUAAAUGAAGUGUAUAUUAGUUCUUUUUAACUGAAACAAUUAAAAGAGUGAAAUUUGAAAUUCAGUUAGGUAAUUUUAAGCUUCACAGAAAGGAAUUGCUUAUUGUGCACCAUACUAAAUGAAGUAGCACUUACUCAGGUAUGCAGGCAUAUAUAUGACCGUCUACUAAUGAAGACAGGGAGGUGUGCAUUGUUGUUUAUUGGGAUAUUUGGUCUUGCUUAUUCACUGUCAUAAACCACUGCAGAUUUUUUUUUUUUUUUAAAUCUUAUGCCUAUGCCUACGAGUAUUGUUUUGUUGGUUAAGUUGCAGAGUUUACCUCAACAUGGAGUGAGGUGAAUCAUAAGGCUUGGUCCUUUCCAACAAAAUAGUUGAGUUGUAUGUUUGAUCCUCCAUUACAAUAUUGAACUAAGAAUUGUAUGGCAAGCCAGUUUGCUUAACCAAUUAGCCUACCCAUUGUUCCCUCCCCCCUCCAAUUUAAAAUAAAAUAAUCCAUUCUGGAAAGGGUCUAGAAAUGUACAUUGCUUUAAUUGA